CAUCCGUUAGGGAGCAAUGUGCCGUGCAUCUAGUGGGAACUCGUAGCUUUUUCCGUCAUCUCCGUCGGUUUCGUCGUGAUGGACGUCAACCAGCUGCUCCAGCACUCACAGUACGCGCUGCCCGUGGGCGUCGUCCUCCUCUGCGCAAUCCUGGUUUUUGUUUUCGGCUUCAAAAAGGCCGAACAACCACCAUUUGCACAACUAUCUGCUGGCGGCGACGUGGACCGAAAAAUUGCAAAAAAACGCACCAAAAUCAAAGAAAAGAGGUCUGCCAAUGGUCAAAUAACAUCAGAGAAACCAAGUUCAUUGAAGAAGACCCUCUUCUCUAAGACAGAGUCUUUAAAAAAGUCUGUAUCCAAGUCAGAGGACAUUGAAGGAAAGUUAAAAGAACACAAACAAGACAAUGAAAGAAUUUCUGCUGUCAAAAAGGAUAAAGAGGUCUCAGUAGCGAAGGUUGGGAAAGAAAACAGGGCAGAGCAGGCAAAGAACAAGAAGAAUUUGAAAAAUCUGUUUCAGGAGAAGCCAGUAGACUUUGACGAAGGAGACUGGGAGCAAGCUUAUUCAAGGAAGGAGAAGAAAAAUAAGAAGAAGGAGGAAGAAUCUCCCUCAAAGAAGUCUAAGAAGACUGCCAAGAAGGCAGAUCUGAUCAACGAAGCUGUUGCAAAACAGAAAGAUCCAGAAAAAGUAGAAAUUAAAGAUAAGGUAGCAAAGGAGACAGAGAAUAAAGAAUUGAAGGAAAAGGAUACUAAGGAAAUUAUUCUCGUACCAAUUUCUAAUGAAGAAAUCAAAGAAAAGGACAAAGAUGAAGUUAAGGUUGAAAAGUUGGAAAAAGAAGAGAAGAAGAAGUCAAAAAAGGUAAAGAAGGUUCCAGAGAACGAAGGCGCAAUAAUAGGGGAGAAUAAACCGAAAGAUGAAGACAGUGCGGAGGAUUCUAAGGUUCCACAGAGUCAGGAAAAGCCUGGUGCAGUUUUUGACGAGCUUGGAGAUGUGUGGACAGAGGCUAAACCACAGAAGAAGAGUAAAAAGAAGGCCCGUAAGGACAAUUGAAGACGAUCGAACCAUCAGAGCGACCAAACUGUUUCUUUUUGUACAUAAUAGCCUGCGCAGCGGGGAACAGUCUCCACAGACACAGCGAUAGUGUUUUGGGAAACCUAUUCGCAGCGACAGAGUCCUGCAUAUACAUACAAUGGUACUUACGAGUCCUGUGUUUGAGAAGGAGACGUCAGGGGUAAAGUUUGGAUCGAUUGAGCGUAUUCAAUCGAGAGAAAUAUUUUCUUAUACCGGAGUUUAGUAUGCUUCGUAAGAGACUAGAUAAUAGUUCGUUGUGCUGAAGCAUUCACUGAGUGAAUCUGUGCCAAGAAGGGUACGAGAGAAAGUAAUUGUGAUGGUUUAUAUUUUGUUGGAGUUUGGAUUAUUGAUGGACGGUAGAAGAUUUAAGUUGGUGGCUUUC